CACACGGACGUAUUUCACUGAAAGCACGCAAGUGUCGUCAUACGAUGCUAACUGUUAGCUUCAUGUAUGGAGAGCUCUGUGAUACUGUGCAGCGAGAGAUAGAAAAACCGCAGCUGCUGUUUAUCCAAGACGCUAUUUGGUUUUCAUAGUAAGUGUCCCUCCGUGUUUGAACUCGUACAGAGGCAGCGGUAUCGUGGACUGCACCGUGCCAUUCGUUAGCCGAGUGCUAACAACAGUGACAUCAACCUGCAUGCCUGUCGCAGGGCUGUCAUUUCUACUGACAAGUGAACAACAGGGAUCAGAGAGAGACUGACAGUCCCCAGCAGACACCAUGGAGUUCCAGGCGGUGUUGAUGGCAGCGGGUGGGGGGUCUCGUAUGACGGAUCUGACCUAUAACACCCCGAAAGCCAUGCUGCCCGUGGGCAACAAGCCCCUCAUGUGGUACCCGCUCAACCUGCUGGAGAGGGUGGGCUUUGAAGAGGUUAUUGUGAUCACCACCAAGGAGGUCCAGAAGAUGAUGAGCGCAGACCCUAAAAUUAAGCAGGAUGUGAAGAUGAAACUGGAAGUGGUGUGUAUCCAGGAGGAUGGAGACAUGGGUACCGCUGACGCUCUGCGACAUAUUCAGCCGAAGAUCAAGACGGACAUCCUGGUGGUGAGCUGUGACCUUAUAACAGACGCGGCACUUCAUGAGGUGGUUGAUCUGUUCAGGGCCCACAAUGCAACACUGGCCAUGCUGAUGAGCAAAGCCCAUGAAUUCACCGAGACAGUCCCGGGGCAAAAGGGCAAGAAAAAAACAGCGGAGCAGAGAGACUUUGUCGGUGUGGACGAAUCAGGGAAGCGGCUGCUGUUCAUGGCCAAUGAGGCGGACCUGGAGGAGGGGCUAUCAAUCAGGAAGUCCAUCCUGAGGAAACAUCCCAGAGUGCACAUUAAAACAGGCCUAGUGGACGCACACCUCUACUGUCUGAAGAAAUCAGUGGUGGACUUCCUUACUGACAACAAGUCCAUCUCAUCGAUCCGAGGUGAAUUGGUACCUUAUUUGGUGCGGAAGCAGUUUUCCAAAACCAUCAACGGUCAGAAAACCAAAGACGAUGUGGAGGAUCAGAACCAGAAAAAGAGCGACAGCAGCACCAACCUCGAGCUCCACAUCUCGUCUCGGGAUGAGCCCCUCCUCCAGCUCGCUCAGGAGCGCUCCUGUUGGAACGAUCACCGCGGCGACAUGAGCGAGGCUUAUCACGGAGGGAAGCUGCGUUGCUACGUCCACAUCAUGGACCAGGGCCUGUGCUACCGCGUCAACACUCUCGCUGCUUACAUAGAGGCAAACCGACUUGCCCCAAAACUGUUUGAGGAGCCAGUAGUCCAUCCAUCUGCUGUCACCUCAGAGAGAUGUCAGAUCGGAUCAGACAGUAUCAUCGGAGCGUCAUGCCAGGUAGCAGAGAAGACUUCCAUAAAGCGAUCCACCAUUGGAAACUCCACCACUGUAAAGGAGAAGGUCAAAGUCACCAACUCGAUCAUCAUGCACGGGGUUACCAUCGAGGAGGGGUGUAAUAUCCAGGGCAGCGUGAUCUGCAGCAAUGCUAUCAUCGGCCGAGGAGCAGACCUCAAAUACUGUCUGGUGGGCAACGGACAGCGGAUAGAGCCAGAAGCUGAAAAGACUAACGAGGUCAUCGUUGGAACCGACCAACUGAUGGAAAUCUAGCACCCAUGGGACAUGAGUUGCAUCAUCCUGUUAACCAAUAAGAGAGCAGCAAACCACAGAGGACAACUAAAUAUCAGGGCGAAACAGCUUCUGACCGACUGACCAAUCAGAAGUCUGAUUGGUCAGUCGGUCAGAGGCUGUUUAACAGUCUCACUCUCUCUCUCUCUGUAUAAGCUUUUUUUUCUACAUUGUGUCCAAAUAAAAGCAGGUCUGUUCCCCAUGAA